AUGAUCUUCUCAACAAAAGCUAUCGGCAUUGGAGCCCUUAUCUCGGCGGUCCCAGUCUGUGCUGCCUCAUACUCCCAGAGCAAAGUAUACGAUAGCACCAACUUCUUCGAUGAGUUCAGUUUCACCAGCGAUCCGGACCCAUCUGGUGGCUUUGUGAAGUAUGUGGACGCCGCAACUGCCAAAAGUUCUGGCAUGGCCAAGAUUAGCAACGGCGCAGUCUACCUUGGUGCCAAUUUUGCGGAUAAGAGUACCAGUGGCCGCCCUUCGACCCGGGUCAAGUCGAAUGACGCGUUCACCAACGGCCUUUUCGUUGCCGACAUUGCUCACAUGCCAGCUGGCACUGGAAAGGGUGGCUCAUGUGGUAUCUGGCCUGCCUACUGGACCUCUGGCCCUGACUGGCCCAACUCUGGCGAGAUCGAUAUCAUCGAGGGCGUCAACAACCAGAAAUCCAACGCUAUUACCCUGCACUCAGCAAAGGGGUGCAACAUGGAUGUCACCGGGUCUGAGUCGACAUCAGACCAGACUUCUGCUGACUGUGAGGACUCCACCUCGGGUUGUUCUCAGGACACCACAUCGGCAAACAACUAUGGCGCUGCCUUCAACGCCAACGGAGGUGGUGUCUAUGUCACCGAAUGGGCAAGCCUUUCUAUCAAUGUUUGGUUCUUCCCUCGCGGUAGUGCUGGAGCUAACGCGGUGAUCGAUGCCGGCACUGCGGACCUGGAUGUGGCGAAGUUCGGCGCCCCCUUGGCUAGCUUCUCAGGCAAUACCUGCGACAUUGCCGAGAGAUUCAAGAGCAACAACAUUAUCUUCAACACCAACUUCUGUGGAGGCUGGGCUUCUAGAGAGUUCUUGAAGGAUGAGAGCUGCGCUAGCCUGGCCGAUACCUGCAACGAUUGGGUUGGAAACAACCCAACUGCCUUCAAUGAGGCUUACUGGCUGGUGAACUCGGUCAAGGUCUAUACCCGAAACAACUAA